AAUUGGUCAAUUCUCUUUCCAUCCGAGAUCUCGGACCGAUUUCUAACAUCGGGGACAUAAGGCAUUAAACUAUCGUGUGUGACAUGUGGUAUCACUGCCGUUGCCGAUUCAACAUGUAGGAGUUAGCAGCGCAUUUAAUUGCUGUGUUGCGCAUGCUGUGCUACCAUAUAUAUAUAUAUAUAUAUAUAACGAUGGCAGAUUUCAACGAUGGAGUGGAUGGGAAGUUGGCCUUUAGAAUGCGAAAAGUCAAUCCCGAGCAAUUUCAUACGCUCGUGAAAAUGCAUCUCUCCUUCGAAUUAGAUCUUAAUACCGAGGAUAAUGACGGUAUUACUGAGAAAGCAAGAAUGAAAAAGUGGGGUCUUCUGAACUUUACUAAGAAGUCUAAGUCUUCAGUUAAUUUAGAAAAGGGUACAGAGGGUAUUACGUUAUCUGAGGAUGGUAUAAAUCACUUGACACAGCUAAUAGAUUAUUUAUCCAGAGAACAAAAUAUUAUACAAGAAGGAAUAUUUCGACGUACUGGAAAAUUAACAAGGCAACAAGAUUUAAAAAUAGCUAUGUCUCAAGGCAUAUUUUUAGAUCUUGAAGAUGGUAAAUUUAGUGUACAUGAUUGUGCCUCUGUAUUAAAAGGAUUCCUGGCCGAACUAUCUGAACCGCUCCUGACAGAUCUACAUUAUCCAGCACAUUGCCAGAUUGCUGAAUUGUGUAGCUUGGAUGUAAAAACAAAUGAAACAAGAUUGCUCAGUUCUUUACAACUGCUAUUAUUACUUUUACCAUCCCUUAAUAGAAUUCUGUUGAAAGCUAUUCUUAUCUUGUUGAAUAAGACAGCAAGUUAUGAGCACAGUAAUAAAAUGAACAGUGACACAUUGGCUACUCUUUUUACACCACACUUAUUGUGCCCACGUAAAUUGUCACCUGAAGCCUUACAUAUUAAUUCUCAAAAUCUGUCAUGCCUAGUGGCAUUUAUGAUCAGAAAAGGUAUGGAAUUAUUUGAGAUCCCGUCAAAAUUAGCUACAGAUAUAAGAGCAUACUGGGUGGAGCAAGAAAGAAAAUUAUUAAGCCCUAAAAAGACUGAUUUGAACGAGUCAGUACCAGAUACAACUAGUACAGCUCAUACUGUGUUUAGUUUUGUCGAUCGUAAGUUAACAGCAAAGGCUAAUUCCACGCAAGAUACACAGGCAGCUUUGGCUCAGCUAUAUGCUCAUAUACAAGCCAUGCCGGAAUCUGCAAAGAAACGACGACUUGUGAAACAAUUUAAUAAAGAAAAUGGACAAGGUACACCUAGACACAUAAAGAGUUGUAAAACGAAGAGUCUUGGAGAUUCCAUCAAGAAACAUAUCUUUCAAAAGAAGAUUCUGGGCCAUAAGAAAUUUAUUGACGUUAAUAUUGGAUGUAACAUUACUAGAUCCAGCAGUGAAGAAAAUAUGUUGUCAACGAAACUUGAAGAUUCAUUUCUUCCGACGAAAACAUUUCUUAGCAAAUCGAAUGAUGAACUUAGCACGGAAAAUUGUGAUACAACCAAUAAUGACUUUUUACAUGUCAAACACAUGAGUAAUAUAGAUAAUAUUAAAAAUGAAACUAUAACAAGUUACAUUACAAAAAAGAAGCUAUUAGUCGAUCGAUCUAUAAACACGAGAGAUGAAUUAAAUGGAAAGAGUACGCAGUAUGAUACAAAACAAAAUUUGGGUUUAAUUGAAUUCCGUUCAAGUACAAGUUUACAAGAAAUUAAUGCAAUAGUCAACGAAGAUAGUCAAUCUGAUACUGAUAAAUUAAUACGACCACUCAGUGAACCACUUGACUUAUAUUCCACUCACAAUGUAUCUCACUGUGACAAUUUAAUAACGAAUGAUGGUGAAUUGCAGCAAAACUCAGAAGCUACUCUCGCAUUCGUUGCAACAUCAAAUGUAUUAAGUACCCUUUCCGAAACUUGUACUUCAAACAUAAAAUCAUCAGAUUUAAAUGUUUUGAAUGUUGAAAGUGCAUGUACACACAGUUUGCAAUCUCCAAUGGUAAAAAACAGAUUCAGGAAUGUAUACGCUGUUCAUACAUCGACGCCAUCGAGUUUAUUACGACGAAGUUUGGCCACUAACGAUUAUAUCUUGACUCCCAUUACUAAUAAUAAUAGAAGUAUGAGUCCAAUUACGCAAAGUGCAACAAAAAUGACAAAAGCCAUGCAGGAAACUAUGAUGACUCCACGCUCUAGGAAACCAGUAAUGAUUGUUUCAACUUCGAAUCUAUGCAAUCUUGUUACUGACAACAACAGCUAUAAUUUACAUAGAAAUUUAGAUAUGGUUAGUGCAAUGAAUAAUUGCACUUCUAUUUUAGAGGAAUCUCAAACAUAUACAAAUAACGCAUUAGCUCAUACAGAUGUGGAAAAUAAAAAAAAUAAUAGAUUAAACAUGCUUGAGAAACAUAAUUGUAUACAAUCCACAAAUUAUUGCGCCUGUACGCAACAAAGUUCGAUGUCUAUAACGAGUACAUUCCGAGAAUAUCUGUUGUCAAGAAGCGUCUUAACUGUUAGUCCCGUCGAUCUCAGUUUUACGUCGCGAACAGGGGACUUUGAGCAAUCGGAAUCUGAUUUGAAUAUUUUAAAUAGUGAUACAAUGUCUGACAGUUUAUUGUGCUGUUUGGAUGGUAAUCAACCAGAAUCUGAUACUUCCGGCAUAGCAUCCGGCAGCACAAAUAGUGUGAAUAAUUCCGCUGAGAAAACAGAGGAAUUACAUUCCCCAAGAAAACGAGGAACCAACUUACAACGAAACGAUUCCAAAAAAUCCGUGAAAGAAAGCGUAAUCAAGAGUGCAAGAGGCGAAGAAUUCAAACAUAAACUACGAGAUGAAUCAACAUUAAAUUCCGUUAAAAUGAAAGACAGCUUUCAAGAGACAUCAUUUUAAAUUAUUCAAAUAAAUUAUUUAAUUACAUUAG